AUGACCAACAGGAAAUCCACAAUUGCCUUUGAGGGCCAGGAGUCAGACACCUUUGACAUCCCAGCAGGCAUCCCGCAGGGGUCACCCCUAUCACCUAUACUAUUCCUAUUCUACAAUGAGGAACUGGUGCGCAUCUGCUCAAGACCGGGGCGCCCGGUGGUGUGCAUAGCCUUUGUAGACGAUGUCAACGUGAUGGCCUAUGGCCAGUCCACUGAGGACAACUGCAGGGAGCUCCUGCGCAUGCAUCGGGCAUGCGAGGAGUGGGCAGCACGGCACGGAGCGGUCUUUGCCCCCCAGAAGUAUGAGCUAAUGCACUUCACACGGGCGCGCAACCAAUUCAACCUACAGGCUGAGCUGAGACUACCAGGACAAACUAUACAACCGAAACAGGUGAUGAGGGUAUUGGGUGUAUGGUUAGACUCUAGGCUGAGAUGGAAGGGCCACCUGGACGCGGUGGCAGGCAAGAUGAAGACUCAAGUCAGAGCACUGUCCCAAACCACCCAAUCCACAUGGGGGCUCCCACUACGACAAGCGAGAAUGGUGUAUAACAUGGUCAUCAGGCCGGCCCUGACCUAUGGAGCAAUAGCGUGGCACCAGCCACAGGGGCAGGGGGGCACGGGUCCAGCUAAGUCAGGACUGGCCCUCAAGCUGGCCACAGUGCAGAACUCCUGCCUCAGAAUAGUGGCAGGGGCAUACAAAAGAACCCCAACAAGCACACUGGAAGCGGAAACCCACACAGUACCCUUAGACAUCCACCUGGAUGGGCUAGUGGCAAAGGCGGUCAACAGGAUGAAGGCCUCAGGAAUGGCGCAACAAAUUGAGAAUGCGUGUGCGGCCAUAAGGACCAGGCUUCGGCACCGGGGGGUGACAAGGGGGGCACAGAGACACAUGGGAGCUGUGGUUCACCCGGCAGCCCUGCCAGUGGACUGGGAACAGCAAUGGAUUCAGGGUGCUAAGGAGAGAGUCACAGCAGAGAUGACACCGAAACAACGAGCCAACCUGGACCAAGCCUCAUAUAAUCCCUGA